GCACCAGAGUUAAUCUAUAGUAUAUACAUUGAUUCUGGCAAGAGAAGGUACUUGAGCACAUCACAGGGCAGAGAAUUCGCUAGAAAAACCAUCAUUUGGGGGACUACUGGUGCAGUUGAUACGCAAUUCUUCGUUUUGAAUUGCGUGGUUAUUUAACAAAGUGAACUGAAUUACUGUUGAAAGAGUCAAUUUUGUGUUCAUACCAACAAAACCCAGUCAUCUUAUACGCGUGGUAUGUCUGUAAUCACUAAAAAUAUGUGUUUAUUGAUAAACAAUCUUAAAUGAUGUAAUCAAAACGAAUUGAACAAUAACAAUAACUUAUUGUAUUAUAUUAAACUUAUAUAAUAUUUGAUUUAAUUAUUUAAAAAGAUCAUAGUUCGAGAAACAUGAAUUGUGUUAGAAGUUAUUUUGGGACUUUGUUCUUUGUGAUCAUCGGUGGAAGUACUGUUUUCUUGCUGAACACAGUUAUGGGUCAACAUCAACAGUACUUUCGGGUUCAACCUAAAGACAAGGAAGUGAUACAAGGAGAGACUGCGGAGAUGCAGUGUCACAUUGCUUAUGCUGCAGGAGCUGUUCAAUGGAGUAAAGAUGGAUUUGUGUUGGGUUACGAUCCUGAAAUUCCCGGAUACCCCAGGUAUGGCAUGGUAGUAGACCGAUUACGAGGAGUAUAUAACUUGAGGAUAACAAACGUCCAGCUUCAAGACGAGGGUGAAUAUGAAUGUCAGGUUGGACCAGCCUUGAACAAUAGAAGGAUAUGGGAAAAGGCAAAUCUUACUGUUUUAGUUCCACCACAGAAAGUAGAAAUUCAGCACAGAACAAAUGCGAAUAUCCUCGAGGUACGAGAGGCUGAGCGUGUUCCACUCACGUGUUUUGCGCGACUGAGUAAACCGCAAGCAAAACUAAAAUGGUUUAAGAAUGGGAUCGAACUUAAAGAGAACGCAAUGUUCAAGAAAAAAGAUAUACAGAACAGCUUGUUCACAACCUCUAUCACAACAACGCUCUACCCAAAGUUAGACGACAACAACGCCACCUACGAAUGCCAGGCAAUUCAUCCUGCAAUAAAGCGACCAAAAUUUUCAUCCGUAACUGUCAUAGUUUUGUUUCCUCCUGAACCACCAAAAAUCGAAGGCUACCGAGAAGACGAUAUCGUUCAAGUUGGAGAUACAUUAACACUGGCUUGUAUAUCUCGAGGUGGAAAUCCUCCACCGAAACUACUCUGGUUUCGAAAUGGUGCGCUAGUUGAUUCGACUUAUUCAGGAUCGGGCAGAGAAACUACGAAUCCCUACACAUUUCAUGUUGAUUCAUCAGACAACAAUGCCGAGUAUCGCUGCGAGGCUUCUAAUACUAUAACAUUAAAACCUACGGGUGCUACUGUUAAAUUAAAAGUCUACUUUCCACCAACGCAAGUUACGAUAAAAGGACCUAAAGAGGGGAAACGGGGCGAUAAUGUAACCCUGAGUUGUGUAGCAGGACCCAGCAAUCCAGCAGCUAAGUUGUCAUGGAUUGUCGAUGGAAGACCUGUAAUUUCCCCCGAAGUUUCCACCGAGACUUCAGACGGAGGCUGGAUAACCACAUCUAGGAUACUCAUUAGGUUGGCAUGGCAGGAAAUCAAAAAGAUAUCACUGUCCUGUUACGCCAUCAAUGAAGCUAUUGGAAACAGUGUUUCACAGACGACUUUGCUCAAUAUAAUAUAUCCACCGGGUCACCCAUCGAUUCAAGACUUUCAAAACAAGCCAAUAAGAGCUGGGGAUUUUCAGAGGUUUACCUGUGUUUCCUAUGGGGGAAAUCCCGUAGCAACUCUUCGGUGGUUCAAAGGGGAAGCAGAGGUAGGUGGUACCGCUCAAGCUAUACCGAAAGGGAUUUCUCAUAUUUUGGAUAUUCGUGCGGACUCAAGUGAUAAUGGUGCGGUAUACAGGUGUGAGGCUUCAAAUCCAGCUACACUGCGCCCUCUUGCGACAUAUGUGACUCCAACAGUUUUAUUCGCACCAUCUUCCAUUAAAAUUGAAGUGGAACCAAAACACACAAAAGCUGGCCAAACGGUGGUCUUGACUUGCGAAUCUACAAGCAGCAACCCUGAAGCUAGUGUGAAAUGGUGGAAAAAUGGCAAUCCGAUCACUGGUAGUCAUGACGGAGUAAUUGAUGGCCAGUAUGGAGGAAAGAUUACGAAGAGUCGAUUAAGAUUUAAUGUUACAUCUUCUGACGACAACGCGGAGUUCAAGUGCCAGGCGACUAAUUUGGACCUCCACCGAAGUGUUCAUGAUACGUUGACAUUACGGGUGCUUUAUAAACCAGAAUUUUUGGUUCCGGAAAUGGAAAGGUUUGACGCUGUAGAAGGAGAAUCUGAAGCAUUUAACGUCACAGCAAAGGGAAAUCCACCAGUUAUUGACUACACUUGGAUCAGAGACGGUGAACCUGUUCUAGACGUUUCUGACAGUUACGUCUGGAAAACAAAGCAAUUUACUAGCCACAGAGUAGUUUCAAGAGGGCCCGUCUUGGAAAUUGCUGAGAUGUCCAGAAACUUUGGUGGUCAGUAUGUCUGUGAAGCUUCCAAUUCUCAAGGUACCACCAGGAAGGUGAUUCUUAUCAAUGUGUUAUAUCAAGCAUCUAUCACAAAAAUAAGUCCGUCAACAUACGCAAAACAAGGAGACGAUGCCCAGUUUCUGUGUGAAGUAACAGGGAAUCCAUUGACGCAAGAUAUCAUCCGUUGGAAUCGACCGGGAUAUGAAAUGAGAAAUACGCAAAUCAUAUCCGAGAGGGGACGCUCAUUUCUUACCGUAUUGAAUGUGUCUAAAGAAGAUGCUGGUAAUAUCGAAUGUGUGGCUUACAAUGGAAUUGGAGAAGAAUCAAUAGCACAAGUUCGGCUUGUUGUCAAGUUUCAACCAGUUAUCCAAGAGUCACAGUACAACCUGAACAUAGCUGGAGAAGAGGGCAGGACAGUGCGUUUAAUAUGUCGAGCAGAAGCUGCGCCGAACGUAAGUUUUACUUGGUCUAAAGACGGCGAUUCCUUGUCUAGAGAAGAAUUUGUCAAAAUGAGGUUUUCCCAGCAAGACUUGAGCCUGGGAGAGACGCUAUGGGAGAGUACCUUGUUUGUGAAUAGCUUGAACGUAAACGACUUUGGAAUUUAUGAAUGUACUGCGAAAAAUGAAAUGGGGAGGGAUGAAAUAAGGAUCAAUUUAAGGAAAAGAGAUAGACCUGAUCCACCAAACGAUCUCUCCGUUAAAAAUGUCACUCACAACUCAGUGUCACUGAUUUGGGCACCAGGGUUUGAUGGUGGCUAUCAGCAGCAGUUCAGGAUACGAUUCAGAACAGUAUCGUCCAGUGAAUAUGCAUAUAGUAGCUAUCUACCUGGGAAUGCUUCAAAGGCCGUCAUCAACGUAUUGAAUCCUGAAACAGAGUACAUCUUUGAAAUAAUGUCUCGAAAUAUUAUAGGAAAAAGCGGCUACAGUGAACAAAUAGCACACGCCCGAACUUUAGAUGCUGCCCUUAUCGAUUCCACGGGUGCCGUGAUCGACUCAUCACUAGGAAACAAAGGCGAAAUACCCAGGCUGUUACUAGUUGUCGGUUCUGUUGUUGGCGCUCUUCUCGUAUUCAUGAAUGCGAUCCUUGUCAUCUGUUUUAUCCGUAAGCGGAAGCGUAGACAACAGCAGCAGCAAGAAAACUCUAUUAAGGAAAGAAGGUCUGAAAAUUCUGAUAAUAAAAUGUACACACCGAGUACAUAUAAAGACAAAAUCAAUGGAGAGGCUUUGUGUCCUGUUGAUGAUAAAAGAAAAAGUUGUCACGAUAUAAUGAUGAAGGAACUUGCAGCUAGAAAGAAGAUAAACGACAAUGGGGAUAUGAAACCUCAGCACAAGAUGAGGGAACCAAAAUGUCACUUAACACAAGAUUACACUAUAAGGACAACAACUGGUAGUGGAGAUGAUUGCCCAGACAUUCUUAAAACUCGGAGGACUCAUAAAAUUGAAUGGCCAAGAAGUUCUGUCGAUGAUUCAUUCGCCGCCGAUGAGGAACUUGUUGUAAUUUCCCCGGAUUCUCGCUAUUCACCCUUUCCUGUGACCCCGGUUGACGUAGGAAAACAUCAUGUUCGGAUCACAGAAACACCCCCGAUUGUUGAUUACCGAACACGACAUUUCCACGCACAAUCUCCACAGUUAUCAUCACGAAGUUUUGUUGGCUCAGUGGGGACUCAUGUGGUGUGACUUCUGGAAUCGAGAAACACCUCUGAAAUCUUGUUCUUCCGCUUUGUGUCUCUCCUGUUGCGGAAAGUAUACCGAAGUGGUAGAGAUGAGCAAUUGACUGCUAGAUGCUGAAGAACAUUGAAAAGUUUAUCGAAUAUUUGCUUAACUUACAAAUUUUACUGCUGUUGGAUAAUAGUAAAUUACUGGAAUUUCAAUAGAAUCACGUGAAGUACUAAAAAUUUUUGACACGUAUUUUUUCAUAAUAAUAUUUUAACACUAUAAAUGUAUAUACAUUGUGCUUACUUUAAACGCUCCAAACGCUUGCUACAGUUUUCAUAAAUAUCACUAAUUUUGAAAUUUUCAAUUGGUUUUAGAUUUCCUCUGAAGUUUCUUUAUAUUGUAGUCUCUGCUGCCUAUGUUGAAAAUAUACGGACACUUAUUUCGCGAAUGACAACAACCCAAACUAAAUCAUAGUCGUGUAGAAGUACGAUAAAAGAAAGGCGUAUGCUGGUAUACUUUUCUCUGAAUAUUCUGUUUACGUACAAAUGUC